CGAACUGUCCGACUGCGGCCGGAGCGCUGGUUACCCCCUCAGUUCUCCUCCGCCACCGCUGUCGCACUCGCAACAAACCCCUCUCUUGCAGUCUGCUGCCGUGGCUCGGGACCUCUUAGAGGACGAAGAGGAGAUUGCGGAGUUAGAGGGUGAGCUCUCCACCGGCGAAGAGGAGGAGGUGGUUGCCAUCACCGAGAUGAAUGCCAACAAAACAACACCAUCCGCACCUAAUGACCCCGUGACUGGACGUGGCGGGGUCUCCCUAUUUGAGGGCAUUAACUUCACCCAACUCUUUUCCGUCUCCGCAGCGCAUUCGGAGCAAGUGAUUGGACUGGCCAAGCAAUUUUGUCCGGUUAGUUUGCUGUUCAUUUCAAUUUUUCCCCCUUUUUAUCUGACCAAAUAG